AAGCAGCUGUCACGCGAAAACAGCCACAAAGCUCCCCCUGCUCAUUCUGUGUACUGGAGCGGUGUCGCAGUUACUCGUGUUUUCCUCCAGGACUUUUCUCUUGGCAGGUACAUUUGGUCACUUCUGCGACCUGCAGGUGUUGUUAUUGCUUCAAUCCAAAGGCGUCGUGGAAUAGGAUGCACUGUUAUAUCGUCUUGUUCACUUCGCUUCUUGGCGUCGCAACACUUGGCGGCUGUCCAACUUCAUCGCACAGCGUCACAACAGAGCAUGCAGAAGCGUAUAUUGAAGCGGGCCUGGUUAACGACGGCAAGGCGGCAGAUGCACGAGACGGCGCAGUGAAAUUGUUAUGUGAACCUAUGAGUAACGAUACACUGAUACGCUCACUAGGGAUCAAGGCUGGCUCCCUCAACCAUCCACCUGUUGAGGAGAGAUCUCUGACGGUUGGAAUUGGGUCUAAGGAAAUCAACUACACAACUCUUUCUGGGAAUUGCGAGUGCGAUGCAGAGAAGUCUUGUUCCUACCGCUUCUCGUUACUCAUUCCAGUACGUGCUGACCCAGGACCAGAACCUUCUCCUUCGCAGAGACUGACGAGAGAGAACGACACACUUACUGGUUGCUCUGUGUCCCCUCGCCCGCUGCGGAAUGUCACACUCAUGCUACAGGUCCCGCAGAGCAGCUACUCCCUCCGCGGUUGUUGCACGGAUGACAAGGCUUACGCCACAGUUACCUUCGACGAUAACGAUGAGCCAAUCGGUGUUUACCAAUGCAGCAGAACAGACGUUGCCCAAGUUACGAAGCACCAGGAGCCACGCACCAGGAAUAAGAAGGCUCCCACGUGGGAUACAACAAGCACCCUCGUGCUCGUAGUGUUAGGUUUCAUCAUUCCGAUAACGGUUUUACUACUUCCGAUAAAGUCGCCACGCUUGAAGAAUCUUCUGCGUGCUUUUGAGCAACUCCCAUAUCCGCAGCAAGCGACGGAAGGCUCAUUUAGAUUUGACUUGGUUAGUCGUCAAGGUGACCACAAUGAUAAAGACACAAAAUUUGAUACUUUGGACGGAAAGGCCGCACGAUUUUGUGAACGUGACCACAAUGAUAACCACACAGAUUCUGUUACCUUGGCUGGAACCAUCGUGCGGUUCCUACGAGCAUGUGGCGCGAAGUGCCGGAACAAUGCCGCAUAGACUGGGACGAAGUGGCAUAGCUCCGAAGGUUUCUUACUUGCUUCCUUAUUGCAAGAAUUGUAACCCCAGGGGACCUGGGAAGAACUUAGCCCUAUCCAGUACAGAGUUGAACUUACUUCCACACAACUCUGCAUUUGUUCCAGCAUGUAGCUCGUAAAAGAAACGACAUACAUGGAUCUGGAGUAACUGCACAGGGCAGUUUAUGUUACACUACGCAAGGCGCAAAAAUUCCUGUCCAUUCCUGGACUAUAAAUUGCUCAAACCCCGUCAGCACACUGACACAAAAAGUGUCCCAUAACAAUAUCUUUGAAAACAAAUUUGGGCGAGCUGAGUCGUGACCUAGCCGUAGUAUUUUACACGAAAACGUCACGUCCUCCAUUUCCUUUGCUCCUUUGCGAGAUUUUGGAAGAAAUACCAGUGUUUAUUCAGUUAUUCAUUCCAUUCAUUAGUCAUUUAUUAAUACCAAGAACAUUUAAGUCGGUGCGCGCCGCAUCCCAUCGCUGCUGCGCCUGUGGUUCCCUAGCGGGCUCCUGCACGGUGCUGAUCCCCCGCAAGGUACACGUACCCUUAUAUUUCCGUCUCUCUCGCACGCGCCAGCAACACUCAGAGAUUGCAUCAGCCGCCGCAAUUUAGCGUGUUAGUUAGAAUCUAAUAUCCUUGUCACACGAGCAGCGCUAAUCGCCCACAUCAUCAUCAUCCAAUGUAUGUAUGCGUGUGCGCGCGCAGCGCUAACCGCGGUUAAGGCACCCCGCAGUCACACAGCCGACCGAACGGAGGUUACGCCGCAACCGCGGUUAUGAGAAACCGAGCGUGUCAACUUCAGUUUCGCGAGGUAACCACGGUUUCGCGAUUCCGAUUUUCCGACGUCAAUACGCGUGCAAUGACAUUUCCCUCAAAUAAUCAUGCGCGUACCGUGUAUUGAAUGAUUGUCAUUGUGCCCUUUUCCUGUCACGAUAAACAAUAUAAUCUCAAUAUACCUGGCGCUUGUGUCACAAUCACGUGACCACAGGUAACAUGUCACAAACUGCAAUGUGACAACAACAAACCGUGGUUCAAAAUAACCGCGGUUUUGUCUGGUAACGGCGAUCAAGCGUACCCGCGGUUAAGACUGCUCGUGUGACAAGGGUCGCAUCAGCUAUCUGGGUUUAGCCAGGUACCCACUGAGUUAUCGAGUCAUGAAAUUCGGCAUAAUUUUGACGUGGCUACCAAACCGUCAAAACGCACGAAUAUUGAAGUUUUGAUGCAGGCGUCUUCGGAGGGAAAAAGAAGCUGUCAGUAUAAUAAAGAAGAUAAGAUCUGUAUAGGAAAUAGGAAGACACAUUGCAGCUUAAAAUGUGUAACCAAACUACUGAAACUUGAUGUAUAUAAGUAACGAUACAUUAUGUAUGCAACAGUAAGAACAUGUACAUUUUUGCAUUUCAGUUUACAUUACGGACGGUGCAAUUGAAGCAUAAAAAGAUGUGGAUAGAAAUACCUGCAUUUGUCUUUAUUUUUGCCUUGUUUUUUGUAACUAGCAUAAGGUCCUUUUGAAGCUAUUUCUGGACUCCUGCACUGGUCCAGACAAUGUAUCCGUACAUAAAUUACUUGCUGAGAACGCAUUUUUCUUUUGAGUACAACAGUUGCUCCAGUGUACAGUGUUGUACAGUGAUAGCAAGCCCGUCCCAAAGUUGUUUCCUGAGAGCGGCCGAUCUCAAGGCCAUCUGUUCGUUCUGUGAUCUUUUCUUUAUGUUACCCGUAGAGACUGUUAUUUGUAGAUUUACUUUAUCUGUAGAGACCGUUAUCUGUAGAUUUAUUUUAUCUGUAGAGACUGUUAUCUGUAGAUUCUGCCCUCUGUAGAUUGAUGUCCGGAAGCUCCGGAACCCUUUUGAAGCCAGACCAAUAAACUGCUCUGAGCCAUC